AACCACGGCCCCCUUCGGAUUCCCGGAUCCGGGCAGCACCGGAUCCAAUCCGAUCCGAUCUAAAGUACAUAUGUAUAGUAUAUAGUAUCUAUCUCUCUGUCAGGUGAAAGUAAAUUCAUUGCCUCCCGGCGAUCUCUUUCCAUUGAUUGCCGGACUCCGUAUGGAAUAUGGAAUGCGAAUGGAUUAUUCGAGGUAUAUUCUAUGGGCCAGCGUGAUCAUUAUCGCUGGGUGGAAAGGAAUGAAUGAAGGAAGGAAGGCGUUUUGUGCCCCGGUUUUGCCACUCCCGUGCCCCCAACCCAAGGCACUAUCAUUCAAUUCCCUCUUUGUUACAUUUUUUUUUUCACAGGUUUUUUUUGUUUUUUUUUGUUGGUCCCGGGAGAGACCGUGACCUGAUGGAGUCAUCCUGUCAUACACUCGCGUCUUCAGUGGCGAUUUGGAUCCUUCCUCACCUCACCUCACCUUUCAUAGAUUGGGUUGGGUGGCUGUGGCGGCUGGGGUGGCGACGGCGAACCCCGAUUCAUAUUGUGAGAUGGUGAUAUCUGGUAUUCAUUCAUUGUGGUAUAGCUGG